GUGGCAUUCCCACAGCUGAUGUCGACGUCUUGGAUUUGGUUUUCUUGGGUUGCUUCCUUCUCUAGUUAUUUAAUUCUCACACGCUGCUGCUGUCAUUAAUGGCGAAUUGGGAGGUUACAGUUGUUGCUGGUGAUUUUCUGGACGUCUUCGUUUCCCUGUGAGGCACCUGCAGCUGUUCAAUGCAUAAACGGAAAAGAGAGGGAAAAAGCUCACACGGACUUGGGAAAGGAGAUUUUGGCUUGCUAAUAGAGAAGGAUGGUCCCUUACUAGAAGCAGGAUCAACCCAAGUUCGCCAAUCUUUGUGUCCCAGAAAAUGGGCCUUUUGGAAGUCUCAUUGCCGAUUGAUCCAGUCAAGCAAGAUGUUGGUACAGAAGAAAGUAGACUAAGAUUAGUCAGAACCAGAGAGACGCGGUCCUCAAAUUUGGUACACUCUCCUAAGACUUAUAGAUCAUUGUUACAAGGAUCUGAAGCAAAAUUCUCUCAAGAAUUGAUCUUUUCUUGCUCAAGUACCAGAUCAACUUCCUCUGACCUGUCUGCUUCACCGGCACAUAGCUUUGUCACCUCAGCGCUUGUUUACUGUGUCUGGGAAAGUAGCAUGCCUUGUUUCUUAUUUGUUGUAGAUGAUGAUGGAGGUGACGUAUAUGUGGCUCAUCCUCUGAAGAUUAGUCCCUCUGUUGAUAAGUCCCUGGAUUACAUUUAUCUGUUCCAUUCAUGGAAAGCAAGCAGAACUGCAUCAAACAAAAAUGUUUCUAAUGCUUCACAUGUUGUUGGAAAGAUGAAGGUAUCGAGUUCUUUAAUUGUGAAUUCCAGAAGAUCUAAAUUCAUGGAAAUUGAGUUUGUUUUAUUUGGUUCCAAUGAAGAAUAUUCAAAAGAAAAGGAAAAGCCAUUAUCAAAUGUCAAGAAAAGUAAUGGGCAAUCCAAAAAGGUGGUUGAGAUGUUUAGGCCAAGUCAUUCAUCCAUGCACAAUCCUAAACUUAAGUUUGGCGAAUCAGGUUCUCGGUUUGAGGACCCGUGGCAAUUUUUUUCUAAUGAGUUACAAACUAUUUAUGAAUCAGAUUGUGCAGAUCAGCUCACAAAUGGUUUCCCACCCAAUCUUGAAUUGGCGGCAAUAGUUGUCGGAGAUCAGAGAUAUAAUAGCUCAAAAGAUGUAGCUUUUGGUGGUUGGGGCCUCAAAUUCCUUGAGAAAGUUGAACUCAAUGAUGCUGAUUUUUCUCAAGGGGUGCCAUCAUCUUCUUCCAAAAGUUGUAAAGAGAAAUCCGAAAGUGAUAGGAAGAAGACUGCCAGGAAUGUGACUGUUUUAGUUCCGGAUGGAUUUCAUGGAGGACCAGUUGCCGAAUUUGGUGGUCCUUCUAAUCUUAUUGAUAGAUGGAAGACAAAUGGACAUUGUGACUGUGGGGGGUGGGAUGCUGGGUGUCCUAUAAAAGUACUAAACAAUGAGUCUAACAGUUCAAAGAUUUUGCCCCAGGCAGAGAUGGGAGAGGAUCACAAGUCAUUUGAACUAUUUAUAGAGGGUCAUAAGCAUGGAGAACCUGCUUUCCAAUUGUUGAAUGUGAGCAAAGACACAUACGUCGUUAAUGUUCAGCCAACUCUAUCGGCUCUUCAGUCUUUCUCCAUAGGAGUUGCAGUCAUCCAUUCCCAGACACCAGAUCUGUAUCCAAAUUUGUGAUUUAUGGAAGUUCUGUAAGACUUCUACCACUCUUUUUAUCCUUCUUUCAUCAUGUAAUAAGGUUUAAUUCUAUAUAGUGAUAAGAUUAUAGUAUUUUUGUUUCACUUUGCGGUUUUCAAGUCAGUGGUGUCUAAAUUUAUAUGUAGGAAAGAGUAGGAGAUUUCUCCAUCAACUCAAGCCCAUCUUGCUUAAAUUCCAAGUUGGCUUCAGCUCAGUAACUUUCUGAAGUCAAUUGUAGCAGUUGAAUUUGCAUGGACUUGCUCUGUUAUACAGAAAGGAUUCAAUCAUUCUUAUCAGCAAAAAGUAAAUCUUGGAAUAGAAUCAGUCCUUGUGCUUGCAUGUGCUGUUUAGUCAUCUUUCUGUCACAGUUUCUGAAUUUCUCUGAUUCUUUGCUUUUCUUUUUUGUGUGCUUCUUUUGCGGUAAAAUAAAAUAGAUCUGCUCAUGUUUUUCAUCUAUGGAUGACAGAUGACUCAACACAACAUAUGAAAAUUAAUCAGGAAUAUGUGUGGUUCUAAAUGUAAGAGCUUAUAUCUCAAUAUGAUCUUAAAUUUCUAAUCAA